GAAACAGGCAGGAGCAUGAAAGCUUUUAGACUCUCUUCCCAAACUAAUUCUCUGACAGCCUACUCGGCACACUUCCGGGUGUGUGAACCUUACUCUGACCACAAGGGGCGCUACCACUUUGGCUUCCACUGCCCCCGCCUGUCCGACAACAAGACCUAUAUGUUCUGCUGCCACCACAAUAACACGGCAUUUAAGUACUGUUGCAAUGAGACAGAGUUUCAGCAUGUCAUGCAGGUCAACAUGACAUUGCAUCCUGAUGGCUUCUCUCACAAUAACUACAGCGCCCUCAUCGGAGUCUGGGUCUACGGCUUCUUUGUCAUGAUCCUCCUGGCCCUGGACUUCCUCUACUAUUCAGCCAUGAACUACGAGCUGUGCCGAGUCUACCUGGAGAAGUGGGGGCUGGGUGGCCGCUGGCUGAAGCAGGCCAGGCGCCAGUGGAGCAGCCCCACCCGGCGGGAGGACCAGGCCCAGGCUCAGGCAACACGCUCCAAGCUUGGCCUGAGAGGGGAAGCCCAGAGCCCCACGCUGUUGGCUCAGCAAACUUCCACAGCCUGAAAAAAGGUCAUUUUGAGAAGAAUGAAGUUAAGGACAAGAACAAGAAGAACAGCAUAGUUGGUCCACCUACUUCUGCACAGCUUAUAAUCACCCCUCCAUCCACUCAAUCUAGUCUGUAUCAGGGCCUUCUAGUGGUCAGGGCCUGCAGUGCACCUAGUGAACUUGGACCACUUCUGACACUAAUUCAAUGGGACUGACACAUAGAAACCCAUAGGAGGACAUGGGAAGUUGGGCAAAGAAGACUGGAGGACUCACAAAGUAACCCCACCCCCCCAGCCAUAGUUCUUCAGCUGUCCGUGUCAUUUGCACUAGUGAGUCUAAGUUUGUAAACUGAAGUAUUAGCCCCAGUUAUAUUGAUAUCAAUAGGUCUUGGGGGAGAGGUCAGAGAAUAACAUGAUAAACUAAAUCACAAAAUCAAAGUAAACUUUUAAAAGUCCCACCUUAUUUUAGUUAUUUGUGUACUUUGGAACAAAAAAAAACAUUUUAGACCGUGGAGGUGCGUCUGUUCUGGCCUAUGUCUCCCAAAGACUUGCUUUUUAUAGCCUCUUAUAAAUAUAAGGAUUAUUUCUUUUACAAACCUGUGCUAGAGUAAAAUGUGCUGAGGGUUUCGACCAAAAGGGUCGUUAUAGUGUCGGAUAGCCGAAGAGAAAUUGUGCUAAAUGUUGUCUGUGUUGCCGUUGCCGUCUUGUAAGAAAAGUGUGUUUGGAUGUGACGGUAAACAUUUACUCACUGAGGUUGAGGUUUUUUGCUGUUGAAAAAGUAGCAAAACAAAAUGAGUGUGUCAGUAGAAAACAUCCGUGAAACAACCCGGAUUUAUUUUUCGGCUAUGAAACCUAAGCUCAGAGAGAAUAAAAGUGAGACACAGAGAAAUAGAUGAAGACAUCCCUGGUAAUUUAAGAGUCCUGCUCAACAAGCAGAAGUGAGUGCUUGGCAUCCUGGGGCAGCUUUCUUCUGAAGUCCACUCACUGAUCUCGCCCAGGCUGUCAGUUUUAAUGAAUGUACCCCUGGCGCUUGCUGCCCAGAGACGAAUCAGCAUCAAGGGUAACUGUGGGCCCAACUCUAAGGAAUGGAGCGCUCCUCUGCAGAGAGGCAUUGCCAAGUGAGACUGUGGCCGUGAGCUUGGGGUACCCAUCGUGGACGGGGGAACUUUCUAAGGGUGAAGGAAACGCUGGCAGUGUUUAACAAGAAAACCUGAGACUCUGGGCAGCUGGUGGUUCUUCCAGUCACCAGCAUCCAUGGUUCGGGUUAAAAGGCAGUAGUUAUUUACUGCAGAACAGGUGGGCCGUGAACCACUUAUGCCACCAUGAAACACAUAAUGGUUGCCGAGCUUAUCAUAUCAGGGAGAACCUGCGGCAUGUCUGAUGUUCACAGCACUUGAAGGUGAGAUCACAGCUUUUUCUUCCAGGCUUUUUUGGGGCCUGACACGUUUCUGACAGAAAUGUCUACUGCGUUUCCAUGUGACAGACAACAGAACCAGUGGGGUGCAGAAGAUAUUUAGGAGAGCCACAUGUCACCCUCAGAUGUCCACUGGCAAGCAGCUGCUGGGAUGAUGUUAACAGCUCCUAUCCACGACUAGGUUCAUUCACAUGUUGACCGCAGGCAGGCAGGGCCAUUGCAUUGGCAUGUCACAUGACCAAUGGCACAUUGAUACUUAUGUGGAUAAGAAGCUAGUCAGGUGUAUCACAGCAGAACCAAGCUAAAUGAAUUGUGGCAGAAAUGUUUUACAUGGGCUGCAAUAGUAACUAUUUAGAGAUAUCACUACAAUAGCAUCUGCUGUCUUUGAGCUCCUUAGCGCCGUCCCAUCUGGUACGAGUGCAGUAUCUGGGUGCCUGCUGACUAACUGAAGGGCUGUUCCCAGUUCUGGCUCUGAUUCAAAUCCGCCUCACCACCAGCAAUAAUGCGAAGAUUGUGGACCCAAAGUCCUCCUUGUACUUUGGCAGUCAUUAACACAGUCUGAAUAUUUGUAACUUUCCCCAAUCCUUUGGAAUCCUUUUACCAAGUUACCGUGUUGAGGAAUGGUAACCCACUUCAGAUUAAUAUGGGCCUCAGAUUAAUAUGGGUCCUCACCACGAGGAAACAGCACAGGAGGCAAAGGGGGUUUAAAAGCUGCUGGCAAAGGUAUUUAAUUGUUUCAGAGGAGGCGUGAAUGCUGGAGAGCAGAGAAGGCCUGGCGUAGAGUGCUGUGUGGACUGUGCUGCUCAUGAAUGGAGUUUUGGGGUGGAAUGAUACAGUAUGUCAGUCAUACAUAAACCUGGCAACAUGGCCACAUGUGUGCUCCCUAAUGACUUCAUCAUUCCCCGAACUUCUGGAAGAGGUGGGAUGUUUGACAAUGCAAACCGCUCCAAAAUCCAAAAAGGUUUAUUUCAGUUGACCAAAUCGACCAUUUACCCAGUACAGAGUUCAUACAUCUUUUUUUUUAUUUUUUUUUUAAAUGUAAUUUAAAUGAUCUAAUAAAAAUAAGGAACACUGGGAGUAUUUGUUGUGUAAGUACCUUUUCAGUUGUAUGUCUGUACAUUCAUCCCCCCAAAGGGGUUCUGGUGUGACCCUCAUCAACAGGGUUAGAGUUAGUAAUGUGGACAUUGCAUACUGUGUCACGCAGGGCACAUGGAGGUCAGGUGGGUAAAGUGUCACCCAACAGAACACACACGCACAUGUAUGGACUCUCAUUUUAGAUCCUCUGAAAUGUUAACGACUGAAUAAAUUUCCAUCAACGUGCAUUAGAGACGGCGGGUCGUUGUUGCUGUCCGGAUUGUCCGUGACUCCUUUGAGGUUACGUCUGGUGGACAGAGCCGUCCCUGGUGUGCAGCAGGAAAAGGGUCUUCAGCCACAAAGCUGCCAUGGUAACAGUUGCCUUACAGUAAUCUGCACCUGCUCUCAGAAGCUUUGUACAGUAUAUCAAUACAGGGGUUGGUGUUCAUACAUAUCUAAUUUUGUGUGUUUUAUUACUAGAUAGAAUGUACAGUUUGAGUCAAAUUGUAAUUGCAAUAGUUAACUUUGUACUGUUACAACAGAGAGAAAUAAAGAUCUAUCUUUUCCAGUGUG